GAGUUUCUUUUGAGAUUUGGCUAAAGUCAUCAUUAUUACUAUUUUCUAUUGUUGCAUUACUAGAAAUAUUCAAUUUUAACUAUAAAACAUUCAGCUAAUUAGAAUAAAUUAGCCAAGUGCCGUAUGUGUUUUAUGUAAAAUGCAAGAUUCAAAAUUACGACCAACAAAAAUCAUUGAUUUAAAACGCAAUGAUGUCGAAAUUGUGCGUUCAUACAUGCAAAUCAAAUCAAAUUCAAAAGAUUUUAUCAAGAAAUUCCCUGAAUGGGAGUAUUUGCCUAAGUCUCUGGAAAUCGAAAUUGUGACUGCUCUCCGCGAACGAGAUGCCGCUAAAUCUCGAUUGGAAACCAAGCGGAAAGAGAAAAAAACAUUUGAUAGAAUAAUGGACAAAAAGUGGAAAGACUUGGAACAAAAACAAAAAGAUUUGACAAAAGCCGAGGAGAUGCAUGAUAUGUUUUCAUCGGAUUGUAGAUCAAAAUGUGAGAUGCUAGCGGGGAAGAUAAAGGAAGAAAAUGAAGAAAAGAAACGAUUGGAGAUGCAAAUGAUACCGAUGCAAGAGUCAAUAACGCAGUUGGAAGAAACAGCAGACAAAAUGCAACAUAGCGUUGAUGAACUAAAACCAUUUGAAAAUUUUUUAGAGAAAGUCGUGAGCGAAUCAAACGAAUACAAAAGCAUCGACGACCUGAUAAAGAGAUAUGAAAACUUGACGAACAUGAGGAAUGAGUUGAUUCUAAAGUAUGAAACAAAAUCAUCAGAACUGAGCCGACUGAAGACUGAUUUGUUUAAACAUUCCAAAGAAAAAAACGAAGAAGCUGAAAAUAUUUCAGUGGAAAUUGCAGAAGUAACAGAGCUGUGGGUCAAAACAAGGGAAGAAAUGAUCAAAACGGAUUUGGCUUUCCGAAAACUCGAAAACGUAGCUAAAGAAAAGAAAAUUGAAUAUCCGCUGGUGGCCGCUUCAGUGUGGAAUAUUUACAAACAAAUGUGCAAACGUGUUAAACAUCCAGUGCCGCACAAAAGAGUAAACGUAGAAACUCAAUUGGAUUUCGUAGCGGACAAGUAUCAAGAAUUAACCAAAGUAUUACACAUGGCAGAGAAAAUUAAGGAGAGAACCAACAAAAAAUUGAUCCAUAAAAGUUAAAAAGAUUUCACAGAAUGUCCUUUUUUAAAGUU